AUGACACGUUCCUUAGUCGUCGAAACUGACUCCUCGGAUAUCGCCGUUGUGACUGCACCCAGUCAAGGUGAUCGUGUUGAUAAUUCUGCUUUCUCGCUUAGUCUACAAAAUUGUUCAUCAACCGAAAAGGAAGCGUUGAGAAAAAGAGACAUUAUCAGUUCGCGCGCGAACCUUUGCGGUCGUCAUAGCAGCCACUGCGCGUCAANCCUAAUCGGUGCUCUACCAGAGGAAGAGGUCGGCCCCGAAGUACAACGAGGAGCGGUCCAGCGUUUGAUCGACGACUAUCGCACCGAGGGUCGUAGGUCUACCGCGAGUUCUAUGGACGAUAAAGAAUCCACUAUCCCGGAAGCGGUGGAUUUCUCCACCGAAGCCUUACCGCAAACAGCCUGGCUGCAUUAUCUAAUCGGAGUGUUUUGUUUUAUUUUGUUCUGUAGCGUUGUGCGCGCUUUCGAUUUGUCAAGUCGUCUCCAUGCAUUGCUAAUCUUUCUCUGUUCCGUGCUCACGGCCGCCGGACGCAAACGACGGUCAGAAAAGGCACGUCUGAUGACAGAGUUACGAUCGAUGCGUGCAGAGCUGAAAACAAUCAACAUGGUGCAACAGUUCGCUACCUACUCCAAAUUAGAACGGAGGAUCAAAGCAACCUCUCGUCAGUUAGAUCAGUUGGCACCAGAGACAUUGGAUAAGUCAAUCAUGCGAUUUGUCGGGAUCAAGGUGGUGCUGUUCGUUUGCGAAGGUGUUCUUACAGGUUGGCUUAUUUCACGUUGUCCACCUGAAACAUUCAACAAACUGGAAUUGAAUGAUGCUCAACUUCGCUAUUCGUUUUUGUUCCCAUUGGUGCGAAUCCUAUAUUAUUUACCCGCCAAACUGGUCGUGCUUCUCUGGGUUGGUCUGUGUCACUGGUUUUGUGUGCCAAUCAGUAAAUGGAUUCGUUCGAAACGUUCACGAGUGCUCAGCUCUCCUCCUGUUGAACAAAUGUGCACUCCGAAUGAGAUGGAUUGA